AAGCAUUCGGCAGAAAAAAUGCCAUCGCACACACCAGCUCCAAGCCCACAUAGAGCAGUAUAUGGAUUCGCUAUAUAUUUGUUCUUUUUCACACUUUUUAUUUUAUAUUUUCUAUGGGCCUUAUUGCCUAACAAUUUAUUAAAAAGCUGCGGUAUAGACUUUAUGCCUAAUAAAUACUUCAGUAUAUGUUUGCCGAUGUUAGUACUGAUGGGCUUAUUCUUCUUUGCUUUUUUCAUAUAUCCUGCAAUUAAUUUGUCGAUGACGGCAAACGUUGACGAGCUGGCUUCUGUUGUGGAUGUAUCAUUGUUACCUGAAAAUUGCAGAAAUUCCUGGAAAGAUAUACAUGCGGCUAACAAAACAGUUAAAAGUAUUAAAAAAACAAAAGAUGAAAAGAAUCCUUGUGCAGUAUGCAAAGAAACACAUCAACCAGCAGUACUAACUCAAAUAGCAACGCUAAGAUUUUUGGACUUAAGUGAUGUUAACAGAAAUAUUUUUGGUUAAAUGUUUAUUUCAUUAAUA